GUGCUUCUCUGUUUGGAGUUGAGUUCUGGUUUUGAAGUUUGCACAUAUCUAUUCUUUUCACAAAGGCCACGCAAGUCAGACCACAACUGGUGGUGGUUUCUUCUUCCCUCACAGCUGCCCGAUUUCUGUUUUUUCCCCUUCUUCUUUGCCACGAGGACUGCUUCUUAGCCAAUUGUAUUCUGUCUCUGAGUUGGGUGUGGUUGAGGUGAAGUCAUACAUCACAGCACCCAUCAAUCCUGUUGUUUUUUGGUUAUAACUGACUGACUUUUUCUCCUGUCACGUCUCGAAGGGUUAAACUAGCAUCAAGCUGUCGCAGCGUGAUGACAGAGAAGUUUGUUUGCAACAUGUGUCACGUUAAUUUAAGCUGAUUAUGGUCGUACACCCUACUUUUGCCUGACCCUCCGGUAAGCCUGUCUACAAUUAUGGCUCCCUGUUGGCCAGGCGAUGCAUGCGUGUGCCUCUCUGCGGGCCUCGCUCAUUCAUUAUUGAGCGACUCCUGAUGUUUUAAAGACCGUCACAGUACCGGUGUCAGGUACCCGGCCGAUCCCCUCCGCUGAACCACACUGUGCCAGGAUACAGUUCCCGUUGAAGCUGCUCCCGAAUGCUCCUGAACUGCAAAACCUUUUGUUAGCUUUGGAUUUUGACUCAACCACGGCUGAUUUCACCAACACUGUUUGUACGGCUAACCUGCGAUGGAACUGGGGAGCUUGAAAUGCAUUUGGAUAUUUGUCUUGGCCUGAUGGUGGGGCUCUUCGAGCUCUGAGGAGGUGCGGCGCUGAAGGGAGAUGUCCUCGGACCGGAUGGCGAGCCCUCGGAGCAGCUCCAGGCAGAGCAGCUCGCUCUCUUCGUCCCCGAUGAGUACCCGCAUGCAGUCGCUCCACGUGGACUCUGUCCAGCGCUGGAUGGAGGACCUCCGGCACAUGACGGAGGUGGAGUGCAUGUGCGUCCUGCAGGCCAAACCCAUCGGGGUGGAGGAGGACGCCCAGCAGGGAGAGCUGAUUGUGGCCGUCGGUGCAGGCGACCACGUGGCCAGGAACAACCUGCAGACGCUGCUCCGCCGGGCCCUGGUGGUCAGCACGGAGCUCGGCAAGAUGUUCCAGCGCCUGGAGAAAGGACGCUGGCAGAGGGUCCACAGCACCGCCGUGAGGGCCAACUGCCACGUGCGCUCGCUGGUGCACGAGUACAGUGCCGCCCGCAGCACACCGCCUGAAAUGCAGAAGUAUGAGAGAUCUCUGCUGGAGAAAUGUCUAGAGCUGACCAAUAUCUCAGAGAGGUGCCUUCACACCGAUGACGAGUUCUUCCUGAAGUCCAUGAGGGAGGCCAUCCACGACAUCCUCACGGACGUCAGCGAUUCCUUCAGCAACAUGAUCGACAUGGCUCUAGCCAACGAGAUCCGGCUCCUGAUCAAACAGAUCGACUCAUCGGACAGCGUUCACACGAUCGGCAGCGCCAUCAGCAACCUGCUGUCCCUCACCCAGGACGGCCCUCAGCUCUGCAGCAUCAUCGCCAAGGAAGGAGCCGUGGUCGUCCUGUUUAAGAUCUGCAGGCAGGACCGCUUCAGAGACCUCUACGCCCAUGCCCUGAGGACCGUGGCCUCCAUCUGCUGUGUGGAGGAGGGAAUCAACCAACUGGACAAGGUGGACGGGAUCCUGUGCCUGGCGGACAUCCUGACCGAUGACAGCAGCGUGGAAGCAGCCCGGGCCGAGGCGGCGGCGGUCGUGGCUCAGAUCACCUCGCCUCAUCACGCGUCCACUCAGCACCUCGCCAGCUUCCUGGAGAGCAUGCACGACAUCGUCACCGCGCUCAUCAAGUUAUGCGAGAGCGCCUCCUGUGGGGAAGUGUUCCUCCUGGCGUCUGCAGCUUUGGCCAACAUCACCUUCUUCGACAGCAUGGCCUGUGAGAUCCUCCUGCAGCUCAACGCCAUCCACAUCCUGCUGGAGGCCUGCAGAGACCGCCAGCGAGUCGACACGCCCUACUCCAAAGACCAGGUGGUGACAAUCUUGGCCAACCUUUCCGUUUUAGAGCAGUGUGCCCCUGAAGUCAUGCAGGACCGAGGAAUCGAGCGACUGCUGCUCCUGCUGGGAGAGAAGCCGACCUCCCCGAGUCCGUCGGAGGGCGCUGCCUGUGAGCGCGUUCAGCAGAAAGCUGCUGUGACCUUGGCUCGGCUGAGCAGAGACCCCGAUGUGGCCCAAACAGCCAUUCAGCUUAAAGCUGUUCCUUUUCUUAUUGAACUGUGUCGCUCCCCUACUGAGAGAAAUAACAGCGACUCAGUGCUGGUUGCUUGCCUGGCUGCCUUGAGGAGGCUGGCAGCGGGGUGUCCAGACAGCAUCGAGGCGGCCGACCACCAGCAGCUCAUCAAACCGCGGCUCGUCGACUCUUUCCUGCUGUGCUCCAACAUGGAGGAGAGCUUCGUAUGACGGCCCACUCAGCGAGCGCUGAGAGCGCAGAGCUGAACUCAUGAACAGCAUCAUGCACAUGUUCCGAGCACGACACGGCAAGUGCUCCUGAACCCUGCAUUCGUUUCACGACUGGGGGUUUGGUUCGGCUCUUCCUGUGUGCUGGGAACUUAUUUGUUGUCCAGAGGUCUUACUGGACAUGAGGGCUAACUGUCAGUUUAGAUGGAUGCAAAGGACGUCUAAAUGUAUGUGUUGCCUCUAGUGCCUCUUAAUGAUCUUAGAAAAUGCAGUGUAUGUGUACAGUGGUAUAAAGAAAAAGGUCAUUUCUGUUUGGUAUUCCACUAGCAAUUUCAUAUUGGUAAUUCUACAAUUAAUAUGUAGUGGGUGGUACUUUAUGGAAACUAAAGUAUAACCUUUUUCUGGAACCAAACCCCUUUUUAUGCCACCGCUAUGCAAUCUUUUGUGUGCAAUGUCUGAAAAUGUUCCGAGCAUGUUGCCCAUCUGAGAACAGAGAAAGAUCCUUUUUAGGGGAAGCAUUUGUGUUUGAGUACAAAGACGUGUGGGUGGGAUUGUUUUAUUGUUGUUUAAAGAAGCGUUACCUUUUUAUGUUUUCAACUAACAGACACUUUAUUUGGACCAUUUGCAACUAAAUUAUUACAGUGUCCUAUUUCAUCUUUUCAGUUUCUUGUUUGAGUACCUUAGUUGACAGGCCACUAGUAGUAUUUGAAAUGUAUGUGUGGCACCAUGAUAUACUUGGUACAGUGUAAUGUUUGAUGAAAUGCAUUGUGCAGCAUGUUUUUGUUCUCAUGCCACGAUGUUAUAUUUGCCACUGGAUAAUAAAUCUAUAAAAACUGCCUUGAAUUUGAAUAUACGAAUGCUUUAAUUUAAGGAAUACCAUUGUUGUAUGCCAUGCAUGGAAUAAAGGCAAUCAUCAACUGUU